UCUCAUUUCAUUAUUAUCUUUACCAUCUCCAACAAUCUCCCAAUCUUCAUCAUUAACCAAUUUCCUUCAUUGCCUUCAUUAUGGAUCCGAUCCCAUGGUCUCUCAAUCAAUUUACAUAGCUUCGAACCCUGCUUUCCAAACUAUCCUACAAGCACGUAUCAAAAACCGACGGUUUUUGAACCCCGAAACCCUGAAACCGGUUGCCAUCGUAGUGCCGACACAUAUCGACCAUGUCCAAGGGACUGUUAUAUGUGCAAAGGACAAUGGUUUGCAGAUCAGGAUCCGAAGCGGCGGCCAUGAUUAUGAAGGACUUUCGUAUAGAUCAAAUGUUACCUUCAUCAUCCUCGACAUGUCCAAUUUUCGAUCCAUUGACAUCGAUAUUAAAACUGAAACCGCUUGGGUUCAAUCUGGUGCAACGUUGGGAGAGCUUUACUACCACAUUGCUAACAAAACAAACACGCACGGUUUCCCUUCGGGAGUUUGUCCUACUGUCGGGAUCGGUGGUCAUUUUAGCGGAGGAGGGUACGGGAACUUGAUGAGAAAAUAUGGGCUCUCGGUGGAUAACAUUCUCGACAUUAUCGCCGUCGACGCCCUCGGCAACGUCCAUGAUAGAGCCUCAAUGGGUGAAGAUCUAUUUUGGGCUAUUAGAGGAGGUGGCGCUGCUAGCUUUGCCGUCGUUGUUUCAUAUAAGAUCAAGCUUGUUCGUGUCCCAAAUAAAGUGACCGUAUUCACAAAAGGGUUCACUUUAGAACAAGGGGCUACUGAUUUGGUUCAUAAAUGGCAACAAAUAGCACCGAAUAUCAACGAAGAGUUAUUCAUAAGAGUGAAAUUACAGCCAUCGUUUAUCAACGGAAACCAGACGGUAACGGCUACUUUCAUCGGUUUCUUCCUCGGGCGACGUGAAAAGCUUCUUCCUAUUAUAAGCAAAACGUUCCCGGAGUUGAAUUUAACCCAACAAGACUGCCAUGAAAUGAGAUGGGUCGAAACAACACUAUUUUGGGCUGGUUUCCCUAUAGGAACACCGAUUGAAACAUUACUCAAUAGAACAAUAUGGACACCUUUAUUUUUCAAAAACAAAUCAGAUUACGUCAAAAAUGUCAUACCCAAAGAGAGUUUAAACAAGAUAUGGAAGAUGACAAUGGCGAUGAUGGACAGAAACGACAUAAAUAAAACAAGGUUCGAUUUGGAAUGUAGUCCUUACGGUGGAAAAAUGAACGUAAUCCCAGAAUCCAACACUCCAUUUCCUCAUAGAAAAGGUAACUUGUUUUUGAUUCAAUAUUCGUUUUCAUGGAUUGAUGAAGGGAACAAUGUGAGCUUCAACAACAUUGAGAAAUUAAGGAAAUUAUAUGAUGGGAUGGCUCCUUAUGUGUCCAAAGAUCCAAGGGAAUGCUUUCUUAAUUACAGGGAUCUUGAUAUUGGAAGCAGCCGAAGCAAUGAGACUAGUUUUGAUGAUGCUAAAAUCUAUGGGAGGAAAUAUUUUAAAGAUAAUUAUACGAGGUUGACGAAGGUGAAGGCUAGUGUUGAUCCUAAUGAUUUCUUUAAGUAUGAACAAAGUAUUCCUCCUAUUAACUAA